AUGACAAUAUCUACUUUCGAUCACGUGUCGGGGCGACUUAGACGGAUAGCGCGUCAUCUCGCCUUCCCAAAUUUUCCUCUUCUGCAGUUCCAAUCCAAAACAUCUAUCUAUAGCGUCAGGAACGGGAGAAACAUGUUUAACUCGGUGAAUCUGGGCAACUUCUGCUCCCAGACGCGCAAAGACAGGACUUCCGAGUUUGGGGACAGGACGGGCUGCGCCUCUAACAUUUAUCUCCCCAGCUGUACCUAUUACGUGCCUGAAUUUUCAGCGGUCUCUUCUUUUUUACCGCAGGCCCCGUCGAGACAAAUCACCUACCCUUAUUCUACAAACCUGUCUCAAGUGCAGCCGGUCCGGGAGGUUUCCUACGGCUUGGACCCGUCCAGUAAAUGGCACCAUAGAAGCAAUUAUGCGUCCUGCUACUCAGGAGAGGACCUGGUGCACCGAGACUGUCUCCCGCCAUCCACCAUGACAGAAAUGCUCAUGAAAAACGAGAGUGUCUACAGCCACCACCACCACCAUCACCACCCGAGCUCCAACCAUACUUCUACGGGUUUUUACUCUGGAGUGGGGAAAAACAACGUCCUUCCUCAAGGCUUUGACCGCUUUUUUGAUAGCGCCUACUGCGGCGCGGACAGUCAGCCAGAGAAUUGUUUACAAAAGGGCGAGGCGAGCAAGUGUGACUCUCAGUCCCAGCAGCCCACCGAGCUCCCCGGCGCCGCGGACCCGGAAAAAGACGCAGAGGAUGAGGAGGAACACACAAACUCGGGCUCAUGUGCUUCUUCAAACACGAAGGACGGCAACACCAACAAGAACAACCACUCGAGUACACCUCGUACGAGAAAGAAGAGGUGUCCAUACUCCAAGUUUCAGAUCCGGGAAUUGGAGCGGGAGUUCUUUUUUAACGUUUACAUAAACAAGGAGAAACGGCUACAGCUUUCCAGAAUGCUGAGUCUCACCGACCGACAGGUCAAGAUCUGGUUCCAGAACCGACGAAUGAAAGAAAAAAAAUUGAGUCGGGAUCGGUUGCAGUACUUCUCUGGAAACCCCUUAUUGUGAACUCUGCCAUUGACGGCAGUGGCAAAUGCAAUUUAGUGCUUGCAAAUGCAGAGAAUGGUCAUCGCGCGUCAAUGGAAGAAAGCGUAUGCUUUCAUAACACUUUCCUUAGCCUUGUGGCAUUGAUAUUAUCAUGAGUAACACUAAAUUCAAGUUACUUUCUGAAAAGGAGACCAGCCAAGGCAGACUUUAAGUUUUAAGGCGAAAGGUCGUUUGGCGUAACGACCGGACUCUGACUACAGAUAAUCGAUGUAUGAAACUAAUAUUAAGAAUCAGCAAAGGACAAUAUGAACUCAUUGACCAUAGCUGAAUGGAGAAUGCAACGAAGGAGGUAUUCUACGUAAUGGUUAGAUUUUACAAUUAAACAAUUUGUUUGUUAUGGAGUUCUGCGGUUUCUUAACCUCUUCCACUUUGUCCAAUAUUAUUGUAGCCUAUUUUAAUUCAGCGCGCAUUUCAUAAGUAGU